AGGGGCAGCUGAGUAUUUGGUUCCGGCAACGGUGGACUCGGCCAUCCGCCGUUCGGUCACAUCACGAUCGUCACAGUUCUUCGAUCGACGUCUACUUCGCCACGUCGCGUAGCUCGCCAUAGAUCUCUGCCGUGCCGACUAUGUGAAAACGGUUCUUCGUAUUAAUAUUAUCACCACCGGAUACGUACACAAAAUUCCGUCACGUUUACUGCCACCUGAGCAGUGUAUUACAUAAUAUUCUUGAAAACAUUGUCACGUCCGAUAUCCAUUAACCGUCGGUCACCACCAUCAUGAUCCGGUUACUGUUCAACGUCGCGCUGUUGCUGGCCCUACUUUUGGCCGGACCCGCGGUCACAUCCUCGGUGGACAGCAACAGUGUAGAUGACGGCGAAGAGAACCCGUUCCUGGAAGCGGCCAAGUCGCUGCUGCAAGACUCGCUGGCCAGCGGACAGGGCGCCGGAGCCGCCGGCGGCUUGGGCUCCGUGCUCCAGUCGUUCAUGCAAACGGAAGGCGCCAAGUCCGGACUAGGAUCGAUCGUUUCCGGUCUGGCAGCCGCUAAGGGUUCCGUCGAUCCGCAGAUGAUCGGCCAACUCGUCGGAAUGUUCGCCGGUGCGGGCGGUUCGGCAGCAGACAAAUCGUCGUCCGGAAACGACGACGGGGCUGGCGUGGACUGGAGCUCCAUGAUCGACUUGGCUUCUGGAUUCAUGUCGUCGACGGCGGGCACAGGUGGCUCCCAGGGUUCGUCGAUAGAGGGUUUCAUGAACGUACUUCCGGUGUUGGUGAAUGCGUUCAGUGGCGGACACAAGCAUUCUGACGAUCCGGAAGUGGAGGAUUUCGAAGAACACGAGCGACACGCCAGAGCCUCAUCCUUCCUGCCGCCGUUCCUAAGUAGUGCAUACGUAUACUGGGAACAUUUUAAAAACAGCGAACUAGGAACAACUUUGUGGAAGAACAGCGGCCUGGGCAGCAUUUUGAAGCUAUUCAUCGACAGGGACGGUCACUUCCAGGUGGACAAGAUAUUCGAGUCCAUGGAAAACGCCACGUUCAGGCGGCGUUGGGUCAGGAGUCUGACCAGUUUCGUCGCCGAAUGGAUUAAACACGUCUCUGAUCCGAACACACAGUCCAGAUAUUUAUCGACGACACAAUUCAUCAUGAACGGGUUCUUAAAGUCUCAAGGUUACUCUAAAGCGGCCCAGUUCGAUCCAGUAAGACCAGCAGAAUCUCUGAGUUUCCUGGCCGACGCAGUGUUUAAACGACAGUUUGGACUCAAAGUAAAUUCGGCUACGUACAUUAAACCUGCGAUAGCAUACAUACAAGAAGUGUUUAGGUUGGGCCAAAGCAAAGGAUUGAGCUUGCAACAUUUAACUUCUAAGGAAAUUGAAGAAAAACUAUCGGAGCUGUUGAAUCACGAAAUAAUUGACCCGGUACUUAGAGUGUGGAGAGUGUAUAGAUUCGUGGGCAAGAAACCAGAAUGUGAUCGUUACUUGGUGUGCAGCAUCAAUCGUAAAGGUCAAUAUCCAGAUAGCAAAACAGGACUAAAACCCGGUGUCACAAAAUUAUCUAGUUUAAUCGCUUCUUGGUUCCUGUCCGGCCAAACGGGAACGCCGUUCUGGAAACUUUACAACGCUGCAACCGAAGACCACAACUGUUCGACUAAAUAUUCGGCCAAUUGUCAAGAAUUUCAUGAAGAAGAUUUGAAAGCUACGACUGAAUAUUUCCACAACGAACUUUAAAAGUAUAUACAUAAAAAAAAAACAACAAAAAAAAAAAAUAUC